UUGUCGGUUUUUCAGGUGAGAGGCUCCCGUGAGGUUUGGUCAAGGUGCUCCCUUUCAGCCUUCCUUGUACAGAAUUUUACCUGUGGCUUUUGCUUUUGUGAGCGGCAUCGAGCUUUACUGCCCUGAUGGGGACCUCCAGCACCAUCACGACGUAAAGUGGUGACAGCUGCCAUCCUUGUCUCUCUUCAGACUUCAAAGGGAAAUUUUUCACCUUGUCACCACUAUGCCUGCUCAAGCACCCACCUGUUGCCAGGAGGGGAACAUGGAGGAGGAAGGGAUGGCUCCAGAGCUGCUGACCACCUGGUCACAGGACCCAGUAACCUUUCAGGAAGUGGCGGUGGACUUCUCCAGGGAGGAGUGGGUGCUGCUGGCCCCUGCUCAGAAAAUCCUGUACCGAGACGUGAUGCUGGAGAACUACAGGAACCUGGCCUCUGUGGGGUAUCAUCUCCGCAAGCCCAGCCUGCUCACCCAGGAGGAGCUGAGGACCAAGAAGAGGCGAAUUCUCCAAGACACCUGUGCAGACCAGAAUUCUCAACUUAAAACCAAAGAGACCACUGCCAAGCAGAAUAAAGUUUGGGAAAAACUAUUUACCAGCAGGAAAGGGGCACCAACUCAACCUGGAGAGAAGACCCAUGAACACAGUCUGUGUGGAAAAGCCAUCCGAAGGAAUCCUGACCUUCUUCUGCCCAAGAGGAGUUACACAGGAGCGAAAUGCAAUGAAUGUAAAGAAUGUGGCAAAGUGUUUAUUUAUCCUUCAUCCCUUGGGAUCCAUGUGCGAUCUCACGCUGGUGAGAAACCCUAUGAAUGUUCUCAGUGUGGAAAGGCUUUUAGUCGCUGCUCGGCUCUUAGGACACACGAGCGAACUCACCCUGGAGAGACACCAUGUAAGUGUAGCCAGUGUGGGAAAUUCUUCAGAUCCAGCUUGAGCCUCACCGUACACAAGAGGAUGCACACUUGGGAAAAACCAUAUGAAUGCAAUGACUGUGGGAAGGCCUUCAUCAGGAGCAGUGACCUGACUGUGCAUAAGAGUGUGCACACUGGGGAGAAACACCAUCUGUGCAGUGGCUACAGCAAAACCUUUAGCAGGAAGUUGCAUUUGACCAUGCACAUGAGAACCCAUACUGGGGAGAAGCCCCAUCAAAUCAGUGACUGUGGAAAAGCCUUCGAUAGGAGCUCUAAGGCGACUGCCCACAAGAGGGUACAUGCAGGAGGGAAUAUGUAGCAGUGCAACAACGACUGUGGGGAACUUUCCUGUAGUCAUUCAUCACAUGGGAAACAUGUGAGGACUCACGGUGAAGACAAGUGUAGGAGUGGAAGCAGGGAAAGCCUCAUUGAUCUCACAGGAGAGCAACUCUGUAAAUAUCUUCACCAUGGGGAAGCCUUCUGCUGGGACUUAAACUACUGCACGAGGAAAUUCACAGUGGCGGAGAAACCAUACAAAUGUGAAGAAUGUGGGAUUGCUUUUAUCAGGCUCCUAUCCUGAGGUGGGAAAUCUAACUCAUUAAUUUUCAGUCGGUGUUUUUGAAUAUAAGCAUUUAAGGUCAUAGAUAUCCCUCAGAAUACCCCAUUUGGCUACAUUACAUGGGUUUUGAGCUAAGGUUUUUAAAAUUUUGUUUAGUUCUAAGUAUCAUCUGGUACCUCUGUUAGAUCUAUUUUAACUCACAGCAUCACUUUACUUUUUAAGCCUAUCAAAACACUACUUCAUUUGAAUUUCACCCAAACUCUCUCCUUUCCCCCAAUUCCUAUAAUAUCCAUGUGUCUUCCUUGGUUUGGUGGGAUACCCUGAGUUUCCUCAGGUAUGUGGUCUUCCUGGUUGCAACAAGCGUUUACCACCUGACUUUGUCAGACUAUAGGUUUUGUCCCUGGCAGUCUUUUGGCCGAUUGUGUUGGGAUAGUAACAUGUAGUGAUAAACAUGUCUACCCUCUUGUCUUCUAAAAUGUUUCUAAAAUAUCCUUCUAAAAUGUCUCCUAAAAUAUUUUCCUAUCCAUUAUUGAUUUUUAUAUGCAGUGUCAGAAGGGGUGGAAUUUAAUCAGUUCUCUGAUAGAGAACUGAUUUUCCUAGAACUCUAAUCAGAAAACCAGGUCCCAUAAGUUUUUUGUGUGUGUGUUUUCAUGUUUCUGGGCCUUCCAUGCAGGUCUAGUCAGGUUAUUAAUCCUACAUCAAUAUAGCACUGUCUUCAAUAAUGUUAUACCUAAUUUUUAAAAAAUAUCCAAGAGGCAGGUUCCUACAACUUGUUCUUCUUCAAGAGUGGCUUGUCUCCUUCUUCAAGGGUGGCUUGUCUCUUUUGUGCCUUUUAUGUUUCCAUAUAAGCUUGCAGAGUUUCACAGAAAGUCACAUUGAUAUCAUUCAUGUCUGGAAUUGCAUUGAAUCAGUACUGGUGGAAUCAAUAUCUUUUUGUUAUUAAAUCUUUCAGGCCAGGAACUCAGUAUCUGCAUUUAUUGAGGCAUUCUUUA